UCUUCAAAAUAGGCUUUUGAUUCUGAAAGCAUGCUAAGCUUAAGAUAUUGCUACAGUCGUUUAAUGAACUAAGAGUCAACUGGGAUUACACGUAUUGCCGUAUUAAAAUGGACUUCUACGGGAAAUGUCGGAGAAGGGAUGGCUUCUGGCUGGCUUUUUACUCCGCUUUGCUCCUUUUAUCGGAGAAAGAAGCUUCUGCUCAGAUACGGUACUCGGUCCCAGAGGAGGUAAAAGACGGAACUGUUGUUGGCAAUGUUGCAAAGGACCUCGGACUGGAUGUCAGCUUUUUAACCGAACGCCGAUUUCGUGUUGUACCUGAAAGUAAGGAUCCUAUAUUUGAAGUAAACCCGAAUAAUGGGGCGCUAUAUGUUAUUAGCCAUAUUGACCGGGAGGAGCUCUGUAAAGACAGCGGUUCAUGUUUAGUAGAGCAAAAAAUCCUUGUUGAGAACCCUUUGGAAAUGCACUAUGUCACUGUAGAAAUUACUGAUGUUAAUGAUAAUUUUCCUAGUUUUCCCGAAAAACAACAGAGAAUUGAAAUAGCGGAACACACGCUUCCUGGAAGGCGAUUUCAGCUGCACAAUGCUCACGAUCCAGACGCCGGAAUAAACUCAGUUCGUACGUACACUUUGACACAAAAUGAACAUUUUGACAUAAACAUACGUCAAAGCGAUACAGGAAUGAUUCCAUUUUUGAUCCUAAAGAAAUCGUUAGACAGGGAACAAAGAAGCAAACACGAAUUAGUGGUGACAGCUGUCGAUGGAGGUAAACCUCCGAAGUCCGGGAAAUUAAAUGUCAACAUUAUUGUUUUGGACAUUAAUGAUAACCGUCCCGUAUUCAGUCAGGAGAUAUAUCAAUUGUCAAUAGAAGAAAAUAUUCCUCUCGGCACAACAGUGUUUAGAAUGAAUGCGACUGAUGUCGAUGAAGGCAUCAACGGGGAAAUUGAGUACAACCUUGGAAAAACGUUAUUGCGCAAAGUGUUUGAUAUUUUUGAAUUAGACAAAGUAAAGGGAGAAAUAGUCGUAAAGGGUUUAGUGGAUUAUGAAGAAAAAAUUUUGUAUGAGCUGGAUGUUGAGGCAUCAGACAAAGGGACACCUCCAUUGACCGGUGAGUGUCGAUUGAUAUUAAAGAUUUUAGACGUAAAUGAUAAUCCACCAGAAAUUCAAAUCACGUCCCUGUCAAAUACUGUAUCUGAGGAUUCAAAACGGGGUACAGUUAUAUCAUUACUUAGUUUUUCCGAUAAGGAUUCCGGUAUGAAUGGAAAAAUAAUAGCAAAUAUAAUAAAUGAUGUACCUUUUGAAUUAAAGCCCUCUUAUAAAGAAAAUAUAUAUUCAGUUGUUGUCAAAGAUAAUUUGGACAGAGAGGAGGUGUCACAUUAUGACAUCCAAAUAAAAAUCACGGACUGUGGUGACCCUCCAUUAUCUACUAUUAAAAGCAUAAAUAUUGAUGUUUCAGAUAUAAAUGACAACAGUCCUCAGUUUGCUUAUAACGUGUUACAAAUUUACAUAGUGGAAAAUAACGUUGCAGGAGGUUCAAUAUUUUCUGUUAGCGCGACAGACAGUGACUUGAACGAAAACGCAGUCAUUUCAUACAAUAUCCGUAGAGAAAUAAAUGAAAAUAGUGUAGCAUCCUUUCUAAACAUCAACUCGGAAAAUGGAGAAAUAUUUGCUCUAAAGAGUUUUGACUUUGAAACUCUGAAAACUUUCCACUUCCAAGUUGUCGCCACUGAUUCUGGGACUCCGUCACUCAGCAGCAACGUCACAGUGAACGUGUUCAUUCUGGAUCAGAACGACAACGCUCCAGUCAUCCUGUAUCCACUCAGCUCCAAUGGUUCUGCUGAAGGUGUGGAGGAGAUUCCACGCAAACGUGAACGCAGGACACUUGGUGACUAAAGUCAGAGCCUAUGACGCUGAUAUAGGAUAUAAUGGCUGGUUGCUGUUUUCACUGCAGGAAGUUACUGACCACAGUCUGUUUGGUUUGGACCGAU